AUGGCGGCAAUGGAGGAGCUGGAGAUCCAUAGCAAGUCGUACUUCGUACGCUGGAUCAAUGUUAGCGCAAACCACACCAUCUCGUGGAGCAUCCAGCCACACAAGAAGUCCGUGAACUUCGGACUCUUCAAGCAUCCCGGCCAGUCCACUCAACUGAGCUCCCACCUACCCAGCUCCGAAUCCCAAAGCACCGAUUCAAACGAGAACCUCCCUGCGACGGCCGCGAAUUCCGGCUCGCGCAACCAGCAGUCCAAUGUCGUGGAGAAGUUGAACGGGAUUGGCCUCAAGACUAUCAAAUGGAUUGGCAAGUGCGAAGCCAACACGGUCUUGCAGGGGACAUACGAUGUGCCGGCCAACGAAGGUGGUAACUACGCGCUCGUUUUCGACAACACUUUCUCCAAACAAGUCUCCAAGACCCUCACUCUCGUCCUCCUGACCUACCCGACCGGCUUCCAGCCUCACGUCUCCGCAGCAUCUUCGAUUGCACGCUCCCAGCCUAGCGGCUCGAGCGAGUCACUCACGCAGCCGCGUACGCGUAGACGCGGCAACAGCCGGUCUACUCUGAAUGCGCAGCUGUCGGACUCCUCCGUACACUCUGGCCAGCUCCAGAAGCGACGGCGGAAGCGGGGCCAGGGAUGGGCCCGUCGAUUCUUCUCCUUGGACUUUACCUCGAGCACGCUAUCGUAUUACCAUGACCCCAACUCGUCUGCGCUGCGGGGUGCUAUCCCGCUAUCUUUGGCGGCUGUCGCGACCAACGAGAAAUCCCGCGAGAUUUCCAUUGAUUCGGGCACGGAGAUCUGGCAUCUCCGUGCGAGCAACGAGCAGGACUUCGUGGCCUGGAAGCGCGCCCUGGAGAAAGCUUCUUCCAAGGAUGAUGGACUCGCUGCUCCCCGUCCUCCCGAGCUGCGGCUGUCCGUCCCGUCGACGCCUUCCCCGGCGGAAGAGCAUGAAUGGACUCGAGUCGAGCGCCUCGUCAGUAAAGUCUCCGGGUCGCGAGAUGCAGUGCGCCGCCUCGCCAAGGACACAGAUCCAAAGUAUCUCGCGUCUCCGCCCCCGUCUGCCUCGGAGCAAACUCGUGCCCGGUCUCCUAGUCCUCACCUUCCUGCGAAUGAUUCGCCUGGUAUUGACCCAAAGCGGCCUCCUUUCUGGAGACGCAAGACUAGCGGCAACUCCAAUCAUAGCGGCAAGCAGGCCAACCCUAGUUCUUCCCAGCUGGUAGUUCCGACGAAAAAUGGGACCGGCAAACCGGCCAGCGUUCACAGCCAUGCAGAUGGAAUGGACGCGAUUCAUGAUAAUUUGAUGGCGGUCCUACGUGAUCUCGACAAUGCCGUGUCUGAAUUUUCAACCCUCAUUGCUGAGAGUAAGCAACGGCGAUACCCGCCCGGGCCAGCAAUGGCAAGUCGUAAGAGUAUGGAGUCGGAUAUCUCGCAGGAAUUCUUUGAUGCUACGGACGGAGGUGCCGCAUCUCCGCUCCUGACGAUCCAGGACAGCGAAGACGAAGGCGAUACGGUAGGCGGUGCUGCUGAGGUUGAAGACGAUGCGCCAUCGGACAGUGAUGGUGAAUCCGAGUCGAAAGCUCCUCAUGACAGUAGCAGUGCCUCGCCGCUUUUCCCAGCCCGUCCGAAAUCGUUGUCCCCUCUCCCUUUGGAUACCAUUCGUCGUCGCCAGAAUAUUUUGGCUCCCACGGUCAUGCCUCCAAGUCUAAUUGGUUUCCUCCGCAAGAAUGUCGGCAAGGAUCUAUCCCAAAUAUCCAUGCCCGUGUCUGCAAACGAGCCACUCUCCCUGCUACAACGUGCAGCAGAGAUCAUGGAGUACUCGUCGCUACUGGACCAAGCUGCCCAGAUAUCAGACAGCGUUGAACGAUUGAUGUACGUCACUGCAUUUGCUGUAUCCUCGCUUUCAAGCAACCGAGUCCGCGAGCGUGCAAUCCGCAAGCCCUUCAACCCCAUGCUGGGUGAAACAUACGAACUCGUCCGCGAAGACUGCGGAUUCCGCUUCAUCGCCGAGAAAGUCUCCCACAGACCCGUCCAACUGGCCUACCAGGCCGAUAGCAAGGAAUGGAGUCUCGCGCAGUCUCCAAAGCCCAGCCAGAAAUUCUGGGGCAAGUCCGCCGAAAUCAUUACCGAGGGCCGCGUCCGAAUCAUCCUCCACGCCACAGGCGAGCGCUUCAGCUGGACCCCAGCUACCUCUUUCCUGCGCAACAUCAUCGCAGGCGAGAAAUACGUCGAGCCAGUCGGCGAACUCACAAUAUACAAUGAGUCUACCGGCCAACGCACAAUCUCCACCUUCAAGGCAGGUGGCAUGUUCUCCGGCCGCAGUGAAGAAGUCUCCACUCGCGCCGUCGACUCGAACAAUAAGCCCCUAUCCCUCGGUCUAUCCGGAACCUGGCCAUCCUCCCUGUCCCUAACCAACGACGGUUCCCCAACUGGAAAACCAAUCUGGACAGUAGGCAACCUCGUCCCCUCCGCCCCAAAGCACUACGGCCUCACCUCCUUCGCCGCCACAUUGAACGAAAUCACUUCAAUCGAGGACUCCCACCUCCCACCCACAGACUCCCGUCUACGUCCUGACCAGCGCGCUCUUGAGGACGGUGACCUCGACCGCGCCGAGGAAGUCAAGGUUCAGCUAGAAGAGGGUCAGCGGGCUCGCCGUCGUGACAUGGAAGCUUCCGGCGAGUCCUGGACCCCGCGCUGGUUUACGCGGGUCAGCGACGACUCUGAUGGCGAGACCGUUUGGCGUUUGAAGGGUGGUAAGGACGGUUACUGGGAUGAGCGCGCGCGGGGUACUUGGUCUGAUGUUGUGCCUGUUUUUGAGGAUUAA